AACGGCUGGAGUGAGAGUCUCCCAGACUCUGACCUUCUGUAAAAAGAAAACUGAAAACAAAACGCUGUUUUAUUUUUUGUACAUUUAACAAGUGACACUAAAGUUAAGAAAAUAAAAAAAAAAAUAAGGACAUAAAGUUAUUCUCUUUGAUCCAGUCGUCUAUGCCCAUGCAGUCUGCUCCUGAUGUUUCCUCUGUUGUGGAAUAAAGCGUAUGAUUGACAGCUGAGGUCACGUGACCGGCGCAUGGGCGCUUUUGUUUCAGUGGAGAGCUCGAGAACACAGCCAGGGUUAAAGUUUUUAUUCUGAAGUCAGUCAGUGUGUUAUUUAGAGCUGAGAGUGAGAGCAUGCGGGAGGAGAGAGAGGAGGAGGAGAAAGAGAGAGGCUCCAGACUCAGAGACACACAGCAGUAGCUGUGUGACCAUGAUGAUGAUGAUGAUGAUGGUGAUGAUGAUGAGCUCUGAGAGCUGGAGAGAUCAGCUCCAACCCGGCAGCUCUGAACUGGACUGGUGUGAAGAAAAUUAUCUCAUCCACCCCAACAUCGCUGAGUUCUACAACACGAUCAGCAAUGUGCUGUUUUUCGUCCUGCCUCCUCUCCUGAUGCACUUAUUCCGUCAGUAUGCAGCGUGUUAUAACCGUGGGAUUUAUGUCAUAUGGUUCCUGCUCAUGGUUGUUGGCGCGGCCUCGGCGUAUUUUCACGCUACGCUCAGUUUUAUUGGGCAGAUGUUGGAUGAACUGGCGAUCCUCUGGGUGCUGAUGUGCGCAUUAGCCAUGUGGUUCCCUAAAAGACUCCUGCCCAGAAUGUUCCAGAGAAACAGCAGGUGUGGCUUUAAGCUGCUGGUGGUUCUGCUGUCGGUCGUCUCCACGUGUUUGGCCUUCGUGAAGCCGAAGCUGAACUCGGUGUGUCUCAUGAUUCUGGGGUUCCCCUGUACGGUUCUGCUCAUCACCGAACUCCGCAGGUGUGAGAACCAGCGUGUGUAUAAACUAGGUUUAAUCUCGGCUGUGUGGUGGACUCUCGCUCUUCUGUGCUGGAUCAGUGACAGGAUCUUCUGUGAAAUCUGGUCCAACGUGAACUUCCCCUACUUACACUGUGUUUGGCACAUUCUCAUCUGUGUGGCCUCGUACCUGGGCUGUGUGUGUUUUGCGUAUUUCGAUGCUGUAAGUGAGGUUCCAGAGCGAGAACCGGUGCUUCGGUUCUGGCCCAGCGAGCGUUGGGCUUUCAUCGGUGUUCCUUACAUCACUCUUCUGAACACACACCGAAAAUCCUGUAACAAAACGUCAUAAAGUCUCAGGAAGAGCGUUUACACGGAGGAGCGUGAAGGUGUGAAAGGGCAGUGACGCAGUGACGUGGAGAAAGAAGUCAUCAGACAUAAAAAUGACGCAGGAUGAUGUGUAAUGAUGUGAGAUGAAGUGAGAUGAUGUGAGAUGUGAGAUGGUGAUGUGAGAUGAUGUGAGAUGUGAGAUGAUGAUGUGAGAUGAAGUGAGAUGAUGUGAGAUGUGAGAUGAUGAUGUGAGAUGUGAGAUGAUGAUGUGAGAUGAUGUGAGAUGUGAGAUGAUGAUGUGAGAUGUGAGAUGAUGAUGUGAGAUGAUGUGAGAUGUGAGAUGAUGAUGUGAGAUGUGAGAUGAUGAUGUGAGAUGAUGUGAGAUGUGAGAUGAUGAUGUGAGAUGAUGAUGUGAGAUGAUGUGAGAUGAUGUGAGAUGAUGUGAGGUGAUGUGAGAUGAUGUGAGGUGAUGUGAGAUGAUGUGAGAUGAUGUGAGAUGAAGUGAGAUGAUGUGAGAUGAUGUGAGGUGAUGUGAGAUGAUGUGAGAUGAUGUGAGAUGAUGUGAGAUGUGAGAUGAAGUGAGAUGAUGUGAGAUGAUGUGAGGUGAUGUGAGAUGAUGUGAGGUGAUGUGAGAUGUGAGAUGAUGAUGUGAGAUGAAGUGAGAUGAUGUGAGAUGAUGUGAGGUGAUGUGAGAUGAUGUGAGGUGAUGUGAGAUGAUGUGAGAUGUGAGAUGAAGUGAGAUGAAGUGAGAUGAUGUAAGCAGUCUACCUCAUGCACCAGUUUCUUCUUAAAAUCCUGACAGUGCGAUGGAUGCUUUAAAUGCACAAUUCAUAUUUGAUAAAGCUAUUAAUAUUUUUAAAAACUUAUGAACUUUUAUUAAUGUUUACAUUGUGUCAUGUGUCAAUAAUAAAAUAAUUUUAUCCAGAUCUGGUUCCCUUUUAACAAAAAAAAUGGUGAUUUUUUUCUUGCCGAUGUAGGCUAUUGUGUAAAUUUCUAAAGAGAGAUCAUUAUUAUUUUCAUUGUUGAUUUUUUUUAACAAAUGUUGUGUACAUUCCCUUUCUGUAAGAGGUAAACAAUUUUUUUUUUUUGUGUGUGUGUGUGUGUGUGUGUGUGUGUGUGUGUGUGUGUGUGUGUGUGUGUGUGUGUAUGAAGUUAACAGCACAAAGUUUGGUGAUUCCAUGUUCACUGAUCAUUUCCAGGACUUUUACAGAAGUGAAAUCAGGAAUAUUUUAUAGUUGACACGUUCUGUCUAAACAUCAGAACUUCCUGUUGGGGCUUUAAAACAUCUACAACCUGUUAGUUAGAUUUCUCAUUGAUCCAGUUAUUAGCGAUAAAUUAUUUUACAGAAAUAUUCACAUGAACACAAUUCACAAGAUUUGUAGGAGGAAUAGUGAAAAAACAGUUUUUAACAAAAUCCAAGAUGGCUGAAAAUUAGGCAGAAAUUGAUGUCAUAGUGUCCACUGAACUCCAAAUUUUGACCUGUUGGUGGCGCUAGAGCUUUGGGAGCUUGGGGCCCAGAUUUGCUGUAUUUGUAGCGGAAUGUGUCCUGAAGCUGUGUGCCAAAUUUCACAGCUUUUUUACCACACAGUUCUAUGGGCUGCCAUAGACACCCUAGCCAGAAGAAUAAUAAUAAUAAGGAGAAACACAAUCUGUAGAAAAACAAUAUAAAUUGUUCGUGCUCAUUAAAAAUAGCAUUUGUGAGAAAAGGCACUGAGUUCAGGCAAGGACAUCCAGACAUCAGCAAGUUUCCAGCUAGAGCAUAGCUUUAUUAUACUGUUUAGAAAAUACAAGAACAUUUGCUUAUGUUUAAUUUCUUUAACACACUCUCAUUCGCUUGGCAUGCACCACCGUGUCGUCAUGUUUUGUUUACUUUGCCACAUGUGUGUUGUUUUUGUUUACGUCCUGUCUCCAUUGCUGUCCUGUCAUUGGUUGUCUCCCUUUAAACCCUUGUGUACAAAGUAUACGCUCAGGUGUGCCUCAGCACCUGACGAUACCAAGACUGUUUCUGUGUCUGUUUAACUGGCUUGACCUUGCUUUGUUCUCGCACCAUUGUUAUUAUUCCUUGUCUAGUUUUGUCCUGUUUGUAGAUGGCGUGGCCUAAGUGUGCUUAUUGUCUCUGAUUCAACCUGCUGAUUUGGAUUUGUCUGCCUGUUGCUCUUUAAUAAACGCUUUCACUGCACAUGUAUCCAUCUCAACUUCCAUUACAAAACACUCAAAUGCUAUCUCGUGGAAGUUUCAUACUUGUUUUAUGAAUCACUCUCUAUCGAGAUGUCCAGAAUUUUACACUGAUCUCAAAUGUACAAUUAUUCAUUUAGCAGACGCUUUUAUCCAAAAGCGACUUACACAUGAGGAAAUACUCAAAUAACUGAGUUUGUGAUUUUCUUUUAUUCGGUGUAAAUAUCUCUGAAUUAUUUUUUUGCUUGUUUCUUUGAAAUCUUAUUAAAAUCAGAAUGUUCUGGGUUAAACAAA